CCUUAUGUCAUCGCCAACCACUACUCCUCCCGUGAGCUGGAGAUCAUCCAACGUGGUCUGGACUCUUUCUCCUACAGCACCUGCAUCCGCUUCUUCCCCCGCAGCAAUGAGAGAGACUAUAUCAGCAUUGAAUCUCGCAGUGGAUGCUACUCGUACGUUGGUCGUCAGGGUUAUGCCCAGACUGUGUCUCUGGACCGUAAUGGUUGCGUUUACCACAGCACUGUGCAGCAUGAGCUUCUCCACGCUCUUGGCUUCAACCAUGAACAGACUCGUAGCGACCGUGACAAUCACAUCCAAGUCAUCUGGGAGAACAUCCUUGAUGACAUGAAGUACAAUUUCAACAAAAUCGACACUCUAAACCAGGGAACUCCUUAUGACUACAGCUCUGUGAUGCAGUAUGAGAGAUACGCCUUCUCCAAGAAUGGCCUCCCCACUAUGGUUCCCAUUCCUGACAAUAAUGCUGCGCUGGGCACAUCUACCGAGAUGAGCCAGAAUGACAUCAUCAGAAUCAACAGGCUCUACCAGUGCUGAACAACAGAAUGUUUCUUCAGCACCCAGACAUGCCGCCUAAACUACAAUGAAAGCUGACUCAAGUAUCAUGGAUGGUGUUGACUUCUGUGCUUACUUGAAUCGCCAAUAAAUUUUCAAUCAAACAGAACAUAAAA